UAGAAGGCCAAACCGGACUAAAUUGACCAUCUAAAACAGCGGUUAAAAUGAUGACAAAAAUAUUUGUUCGUAAAGAAAUCAUUCAUUCACACCUUCAAAUAACAAACAACCUACGCCGUACGCAGCUUAUAGUAUACGCUCCGUACCCGUAUAAAAAAAGAGCGGCUACGUGUUAUUCCACCCGAUCAUCCAACGGCGAGGAAGGCAGAUCAAAGUCUCAUUCCUUGCCGCAAGCCCAUCACAGCCGUAGAUCUUACUUCCCCAAAGAGACCGACCUUCCUCGCUUCUCUCUCUAUCACAAAACAAUCCAAUCACUAACUGCCACGUACCCAGUCAGUAGACCCGACGACAUCGGGUCGCCACCCCAGCAAUAUACCGCCGUCUACGUAGCCCUACUGCGUAGACGAAACGUGUCCGUAUAUUAACCGGUCAUCACCCGUCUUGUAGGGUUAGACCCGCCCGCAGCCGGUCACUCCGCUCCAAUUCCCGGUAGCUAUAAAGAUCGGCGAUCGGGAUCUUCCAGCGUUUCUCCGAUUAUUGCUCCUCUCUAUAUUCACUUCUCUUUUGCUCUCUUAUUUGAUUUUCCCGAGGGUUUCUGGAUGAUAGCUGACAAUUUUUUUACCUAUAGAAAAACAUACACUUUGAAGGCCUGGCGCUGGAGAGCUAUUUGGAUCAUCAAGGUCAUCAAGGGAAUGCCCCAGCCAUGGUGCAUCCUCGGAUGGCACAGUCGCCUUCGUCUUCGGGUAUCUUUUACCAAGCAGACGUUGGACAGUCCCAUGGACUUGGGAAUCCCCACCACUUAUCCUCACCCUUCACAAAUUCAUCAAAUUUAAUGCACGGAAGUGCAGCAGCCCGGUCAAACCUUGGUCCUCUCUCCGGAGACGCUGUUUUGAACAGUGUGGCGAGCUCUGGUCCGAGUGUCGGGGCAAGUUCUUUAGUCACAGAUGCCAACUCAGCACUUUCAGUGGGUCCCAGUAUCCAGAGAAGUGAUUCUUACAUGCGUAUGCCUGCAUCACCAAUGUCAUUCACAUCCAAUAACAACAUUAGCAUUUCUGGGUCAUCUGUCAUUGACGGAUCAAAUCAAGAUCUAACAAACUCUCAGCAACAAAAUCACCGAGGAGGAUCAAGUGCCACAUCAUCAUUGCCCACUUCAAGGAUGGGUCAGGUGCAACUUCCAAAUGGGACAGGCCUGAGAGGUAACGGAUCGUUCAUUCAGGACCCUACAAUAUCUCAGCUUCAAAAGAGACCACGGAUGGAGAUGAAACAAGAAGACAUUCUCCAACAGCAAGUGCUGCAGCAACUACUGCAACAAAGACAGGAUCAUUUGCACCUUCAGAACCCCAACCCGCAGUUGCAGGCUUUGAUUCAACAACAGAGGAUUAGGCAACAGCAGCAACAGAUAUUACAGUCUAUGCCUGCUGCGCAGCGGAACCAGCUGUUGCAGCAACAGCAACAACACCAACUGCAUUUGAGACAACAACUUCAACAGGGAAUGCAGACAGCUUCGUCUGCUGCUGUGAAACGGCCAUACGACACUGGGGUUUGCUCUCGGCGUUUGAUGAAAUAUUUGUAUCAUCAGCGCCAAAGACCUCCCGAAAAUUCCAUUGCUUAUUGGAGAAAGUUUGUAACUGAAUAUUACUCUCCACGUGCAAAGAAAAGGUGGUGCUUGUCAUUAUAUGAUAAUGUUGGUCAUCAAUCGUUGGGGGUAUUUCCACAGGCGGCUAUGGAUGCAUGGCAGUGCGACAUUUGUAAUUCUAAAUCUGGAAGAGGAUUUGAGGCAACCUUUGAAGUACUUCCUAGGCUCAAUGAAAUAAAGUUCAGCAGUGGUGUUGUCGAUGAGCUCUUGUUCCUGGAUAUGCCUCGGGAAUGUCGAUUUCCAUCUGGGAUAAUGAUGAUAGAAUAUGCCAAGGCAGUUCAGGAGAGUGUUUAUGACCAACUUCGUGUUGUUCGAGAGGGUCAGCUUCGCAUAAUUUUUACUCCCGACUUGAAGAUACUCUCAUGGGAGUUCUGUGCACGACGUCAUGAAGAACUUUUACCUAGGAGAUUGGUUGCACCACAGGUCAACCAAUUGCUUCAGGUUGCACAAAAAUGCCAGAGCACUAUAUCAGAAAGUGGGCCUGAAGGGGUUUCUCAGCAGGAUUUACAAGCAAACAGCAAUUUGGUUGUCACGGCUGGACGCCAACUUGCAAGGAGUUUGGAGUUGCAAUCAUUAAAUGAUUUGGGAUUUUCGAAAAGAUAUGUAAGAUGCUUACAGAUAGCUGAAGUUGUAAAUAGCAUGAAAGACUUGAUGGACUUCUGCAGAGAUCAGAAAGCAGGACCUCUGGAGGGCUUGAAGAAUUUCCCUCGACAUGCAGCCGCAUCCAAGCUUCAAAUGCAGAAGUCACAGGAGGUGGAGCAGAUGGGCGGGGGCAGUAUUCAGGGAUCUGCUGAUCGUAAUAAGCAGCCAAUGGAAAUGCAAUCUGUAGGGCAUAAUGGUCAAUUGGGAAGCAACAACAAACAAAUGAGUAACCGUGGAGGAGCUUUGAGUGGUGGCAGCUCAGCGCAAGCUGUUAAUAAUAACUACCAGAAUAUGUUGUUGCGCCAGAACUCGAUGAAUUCCAACCCCACCAAUCCUGUCAAACAGGAACCGUCUUCUCCCCACAACCAAACGCAACCCUCCUCAUUUCAAGGACCAAACGGUGUCUUCUUGAAUUCCUCCAAUGUUCAACAACAACCUCAGCAGCAGCAGCGUUUAAUGAACCAGCAGCAGCAUGCGAACCAGGUUGUACAACAGCAGAUCCUCCAGCAGCUACUCCAAGACAUCAACAACAGCAAUGGAGGGGUGGGAACGGGGCACGGGAAUGUGGUGGGACCUGCAUCCAUGGUCAGGCACAAUGGCUUCAAAGUGGCGGCAGCAGCUUCUAACAGUGAGUCUUCGGUUGGUGGGGGUAGUAGUGUGGCCGUCAAUAACGGGUACGGUCAGAGUCUGGGACACAACCUCCAUAUGUCAGAUGAGAUGUUGCCGGACAUUUCAUCUGAUUUCACGGACAGUGGGUUUUUCAAUGGCGAUCUCGUUGACAGUAAUAUGAACUAUGGCUGGAAAGGAUGACCCACGGACUAACACAUGGCGCUCUUUGUUAGAUGAGUACUUUUGCCAUACAUAUUUGUACAGGUUGUUUUAAUUUACACUCCCCUAAUCCUUUCCUUCCUAUUUUUAGCCCGCGGUGCUAUUGUUGAGAGUAGCUGUUGUACUCUGCUAGGUGUGCGUUUUUUAAUCUUCAUUAUUGAAUUUUUCUCUUGCAAGUGUAAUCAAUGGAGACAUGACUCAUCAAACAUGUUUUAAUUUGGUCUUUAACAGAUAUUGUUCGGGGUUUUACCAUAACGGUCUUACCAUCUCAUGGUCUACUGGUGAAUUGUGAAUUGUCAAUUGUGAUACUAAAAAAUCCCAUGCAUCCUAUUUCCCAGAAUUCAGCUAGUGGAACAAAAAUAUUCGAGAAAUGUAAUGGUUUGGGCAUAAGAUGUCCAUAGUUAAGGAGUGGAAUCUCUAGGCUUCUAGACCCAGAAAUUUUUAUGAAAACGUGAUUUGUCAAAUUGGAGAGAAAAGAAGGAUUUUCGUGUUUCACGAGAAGAAAGUGGUGAUAAAUAUCCAUGUAUGACAGCAUUAUUUUACUAGAUUUUGGAUGGGAACACUGUAGCUAUUCUUUUUUAUUGUUUUUUUUGUUGUGUUUUUCGUUCCUGGGCCGACCAAAUUUAAAAUAUGGCUUAAUUAGUACUGUUUCGACAAAGCCAAUGCAUAUGGGGUUUGGGAGGGUAAGUUCGGUCAUCGGUUACUUAUUUAUCUUCUCUCCUUAUUCCUCACCGGCUCUUCUAUCAUAUUUGAUAAAAUCUUCUUCGUUCGUUAUUGUUUCUUUGAAUCAUCUGUCAGACC